AUGUUUGACUGGGAUCUUUCUCUCCUCCCAUCCAGUGUUGCCAGCGGGUACCUCUAUGUCACCAUCGUGUACAAUAUCUCGGUUAGCCUCGCCCUCUACGCUCUCUUCCUGUUCUACUUUGCCACGCGGGAACUCCUCAGUCCCUACAGUCCAGUGCUCAAAUUCUUCAUGGUGAAGUCUGUCAUCUUCCUGUCCUUCUGGCAAGGGAUGCUGCUGGCCAUUCUGGAGAAGUGUGGAGCUAUUCCCAAAAUCGACUCGCCAGAGUUCUAUGUGGGUGAAGGGACCGUCGCUGCGGGAUACCAGAACUUCAUCAUUUGCAUUGAGAUGUUCUUUGCAGCCAUUGCACUGCGCUAUGCUUUCACAUACAAAGUUUAUGCAGACAAGCGAAUUGACUCGCAAG